AUGGCUGCUGAAAAUUGUAAUUCUUUUGUUCGAUUUGCAUUAAACCUUAUUUAAACAGAAGAUAUUUUUGGAAUUACAUCUCCUAAGAGAGAAUCACCAAUACCAAUAUUAAAAUUUUUUGAUCUUGAUGAGAGUCCAAAAUAGAAUUCAGGAAAGAAACCAUUUCCAAUUUAAUAAAAAAUUGUAAAAGCAAAAUAGAUUGAAAAAUGUAUAAUAAAAUGCAAAUGUUUAAAAUCUAAAUGUUAAAAAUCAUAUUGUGAAUGUUUUGCUGCAGGAAGAUCUUGUAAUAUAGAGUGUAAUUGUUUAGGAUGUAAUAAUUCUAAUUGCUCUUAAUAAAUAUAGAAAACUUAAUGUGGUGGAUGUAAUUGUAAAAAAACAGGUUGUACUAAAAAAUAUUGUGAAUGUUAUUUAAAAAAAUAAAGAUGUACAUUUUUAUGUAAUUGUAUUGAUUGUUGUAAUUAAGAAGAUUCAGAAUCAGAAAAAGAAAAUGAAUAAAAUCAUUGUAUUGGAAUACUUAGUUCCAAUUUAUUGAUGAACAGUUAAAUUACUGAAUAAUUAAAUAAAUGA